AUGCAGAAACAGGAUAUAACUGUUGAAACAAACAACAUCAUGGAAGAAAAAACACUGUCUGUUUUGUCAGAUUCUGCAGGGAUAGAAAAAGUUACUUCUGAAACGACACCUCCGGUUAUUAGCACGGAAAGCUCUUCUCACGAUGACAAACUAUCAAGGCCUCCUGUGAUUGUGCAGGAUUUGAACUCGAGGAAGAUGAUUGGCAGUGCUAAGGAGAGUGGAGGACUCUACUACCUUGACAUUGGAUCUGCAUCACAACUACCUUUAACAAUAAGUUCCUGCUUUGAGUCUUUUUCUGUUUUGAAUAAUAAAGAUGACAACAUUAUGGCACUCCAAUUAGCACUUGUGAACAGUCACUUCGAUGAAAGUGGAUAUAGGAAGAAAUUAUUGGAGUUACCACGUCUGGAGGAACUGUUGAAGUAUGAUGAUUCUGUCAAGCUUGUGGAAUCUCGAGGGAACAAGAAAGAUGAAGGGAAUAUCUACCCAAAAAGUUCUUUUCAAAGACUUGCGGCAGAUUUAUGGAGAAAGCAUAAGGCAGACAGAGAAAACAGGGAAAACAGUCUUCCAUUAUCCCAGAAUGAAUUGAAAAAUACCCUACUCAAUGAAUUGAAAAAUACCCUACUCAGAGGAAAAGCUUUUAACCGGAAGCAUUUUCUACUCUUUGCAGUUGAGAGUGUGCUCGAUAUUUCACCACAACAACAUGGGAUUUUACUAACGUCAUGUGGUGGCCUCCUAAGCUACCUAGCAAGAAACUCUACCACUCCAUUUGAAUUCCAGCUUGGAAAAACCUCAGAUAAUCCAGUACCGUCGCUAUUAAGCUUUGAAGAUGCAGUUUUUGCUUUCUUCCCAGAAAUGGCACAUAUUGCAAUGUUCAUGAUAUUCUACAUUCUGACAUGGAUGCUGGUUUUGCCACUACACUUUGGAGUGCAGAUAUUUUUGGUGUUAAUUUUGAUUUCUGCACCCGUCUUUUAUUUCCCUGAGCUGAUACGAAAGGCAACAGCUUCAGGGGUUCAUGUAGCUUGCGGCGGCUCAUUCAAGCCGUCUCUGAUUGGGUUUACUGCUUUAGGAGCUUUUGGCAUCACCCUUAUUUUUGGGUUAGUGGCAUUGCUGGUGUUUUAUUUGAUUUGGAGGUUCGUAUAUGGAAGGAGACCAACAAGAGGUAAAGAUAUUGAAGUUAGCUUUGAUGAUUUUGUGUGCUGA